CAGAAAGCCCACUGGAAUCAAGAAUGUCUACUGGAGCGAUAUCAGAGCAUUUCACGACACCCCAGGAUGAUCCAAACUCUGAAGAUAAGAAGGAGCAGAGCGAGAGGAAUGAAACUCAACAUCAAACCACAGAAAGAGAACAGGAUCAUACUGAUGAUGAACAAGAUGACCUGAUCCAACUGGAAAAGCAUGGCAUUACGGUCAGGAUUUCGAAAUAUGAAAUUUACCGCGCAAAGGACAUCACCGUGGAAGUGAUUGAAGACGUCCCACCUGAGCUAGAGCUGAAGGAGACAGAAGCCGUCAUUGCGGUUGGACUGAAGAUGUCGCCUUCUGAUGCAAUCUUUGACAGUCCUGUGAAAGUAACGAUGCCCCAUUGCGGUGCAUUCUCAAAGCCAAAGGAUGCAGAAGUCUACAUCCAUUAUCGCAACAACGAUUCUACAAAGUUUACUGCAAUUCUUUGUGCCAGCACGAGUAACGUGAGAUGUGUUGUGAGAGAUCGCGAUCUGGACAUCUACGUCAACCACUUCUCAGAAUAUUGGAUUGUUGCUAAAAUACGACGGAUAUUUAUUGGCAAACGUGUUGUCUGUACACCAAUCAUUCCUGUGUCAGCACCUAGAAAUCGCCUGCCCGUUUUGUGGGUCAAUGUCAGGGACCAAAAUGUUGCAGAAGGACAGGUUAGUCUUAUCUUUUUUUUUAUAUCAUACUUUAUUCAAAACUACUCUCUGAAAUACUAGUAAGAGGAUUGGGCCUACUAUACAAUUCAUUUAACCCUA